UCCUCCCAGAGUCGCCGGUAAACGUACUGCUGCACUAGCGGGUACACUAAAAAGCUGGCAAAAGCGUAGAUGGCCACAACGGGCUCCACCAGGUACAAACCCAUCAUUCAUCUGCGACGUGCGAUGCUACAGCACCCUGCAAAUCAACAGAAGACCACGUAUCGAAGGCGUGACCUCACAGGGCCAAUAAACCAAGAUCCGCAAUGGCCUUCAGCAAAGGAUAUCGUAUCUACCACAAGUUGGACCCCCCUCCUUACAGCGUGAUUGUGGAAACGAGGAGCCGUGAAGAAUGUCUUAUGCUGGAGUCAGGAGCCGUUGCCGUUUUGUCUGCGGCGGAGAAGGAGGCCAUCAAGAACACGUACACCAAGAUGCUGGACGCCUACGGCAUCCUGGGGGUUCUGCGGCUCAACCUGGGGGACGCUAUGCUGCACAGCCUGGUGGUGGUGACGGGGUGCAGCUCGGUGGGGAAGGUGCAGGACUCCGAGGUCUUCCGGGUCACCGCCACGGACUUCGUGUCCCUGAGGAACGACCCGUCGGACGAGGACCGGAUUUCGGACGUGCGCAAGGUGCUGAACUCGGGGAACUUCUACUUCGCCUGGUCGUCCUCCGGCGUGAGCAUGGACCUCAGCCUCAACGCCCACCGCCGGAUCAAGGAGGACACCACGGACAACCGCUUCUUCUGGAACCAGUCGCUGCACCUGCACCUGAAGCACUACGGGGUGAACUGCGACGACUGGCUGCUGCGGCUCAUGUGCGGGGGGGUGGAGGUCCGCACCGUCUACGCCGGGCACAAGCAGGCCAAGGCCUGCGUCAUCUCGCGCCUCAGCUCCGAGAGGGCCGGCACGCGCUUCAACGUGCGCGGCACCAACGACGACGGCCAGGUCGCCAACUUCGUGGAGACCGAGCAGGUUAUUUUCCUGGAUGAUAAGGUGUCGUCCUUCAUUCAGAUCCGUGGAUCCAUACCCCUGUUUUGGGAGCAGCCUGGAAUCCAGGUGGGCUCGCACCGCGUCAAGCUCUCCCGCGGCUUUGAGGCGAACGCUCCAGCCUUCGAGAGGCACUUCUACGCGCUCCGGAGGCUGUACGGGAAGCAGGUGAUCAUCAACCUGCUGGGCAUGAAGGAGGGGGAGCACAUGCUCAGCAAGGCCUUCCAGAGCCACCUGAAGGCCUCAGAGCACGCCGCCGCGGUGAAGAUGAUAAACUUCGACUACCACCAGAUGGUGAAGGGGGGCAAGGUGGAGAAGCUGCACAGCGUGCUGAAGCCCCAGCUCAGCAAGUUCGUGGAGGAGUGCGGCUACUUCAGCUACUCCGGGGACGGAGGGGUGCGGAGGAGCCAGAGUGGGACCAUUCGGGUGAACUGUCUGGACUGCCUGGACAGAACCAACAGUGUGCAGGCCUUCUUCGCCCUGGAGAUGCUGCCCAAACAGCUGGACGACAUGGGCCUGGAGAAGCCUCAGCUGGUGGCCCGCUUCCAGGAGGUGUUCCGCUCCAUGUGGUCGGUCAACGGCGACUCCGUCAGCAAGAUCUACGCCGGGACGGGGGCCUUGGACGGCAAGGCCAAGGUUGGAAAGCUGAAAGAUGGCGCUCGCUCGGUCACCAGAACCAUCCAGAACAACUUCUUCGACAGCUCCAAGCAGGAGGCCAUCGACAUCCUGCGUCUGGGCAGCACCCUGAACAGCGAUCUGGCGGACAAGGCCCGCGCACUGCUCACCACCGGCAGCAUGUACAUAUCAGAGCCCAUUUUGCAGUCAGCGUCUCCCAGAGUGCUCCUGGGCAUGUGUCAGAACCACUACAAGUACACGACGCCCAAACAGAUCCGCGUGUGCGUGGGCACCUGGAACGUCAACGGCGGGAAGCAGUUCCGGAGCAUCGCCUUCCGCAACCAGACCCUGAACGACUGGCUGCUGGACGCCCCCAAGAUCGCUGGGCACCCCGACUUCCAGGACAGCAAAGCCAACCCCGUGGACAUCUUUGCGAUCGGCUUUGAGGAAAUGGUGGAGCUGAACGCCGGCAACAUCGUGAGCGCCAGCACGACCAACCAGAAGCUCUGGGCCGCCGAGCUGCAGAAGAACAUCUCCCGGGACCACAAGUACGUCCUGCUGGCCUCCGAGCAGCUAGUGGGCGUGUGCCUGUUCGUCUUCAUCCGGCCGCAGCACGCCCCCUACAUCCGCGACGUCGCCGUGGACACUGUGAAGACCGGAAUGGGCGGGGCCACCGGGAACAAAGGGGGCGUGGCCAUCCGCAUGCUGUUCCACACCACCAGCAUCUGCUUCAUCUGCUCCCACUUUGCCGCCGGCCAAUCGCAGGUCAAGGAGAGGAACGACGACUACAACGAGAUCACCCGCAGACUCAGCUUCCCCAUGGGCCGCCUUCUGUACUCACAUGACUACGUGUUCUGGUGCGGGGACUUCAACUACCGCAUCAGCCUGCCCAACGAGGAGGUGAAGGAGCUGAUCCGGCAGCAGAACUGGGACGCCCUGACGGCCGGGGACCAGCUGGUGGACCAGAAGAACGCCGGACACGUUUUCAGAGGGUUCAUCGAGGGGAAGAUCGAUUUCCCUCCCACCUACAAGUACGACCUGUUCUCGGACGACUACGACACCAGCGAGAAGUGCCGGACCCCCGCCUGGACGGACCGUGUGCUCUGGAAGAGGAGGAAGUGGAAUUUCGACAGAUCCGCUGAGGAGAUGAACGUGGUGGCCGCCAUUUCCAACGAAGACGGGAAGCAGCAGCACCCCUGGUGCCCCGGAGCCCUGAAGUACUACGGCCGGGCCGAGCUGAAGACCUCCGAUCACAGGCCGGUGGUGGCCAUCAUGGACGUGGACGUGCUGGAGGUGGACCCCGAGGCCCGGCACCAGGUGUACAAGGACGUGAUCGCCCUGCAGGGCCCGCCCGACGGCACCGUGCUCGUGUCCCUCUGCGCCUCCGGCCAGGACGACUACUUCGACGACCCCCUGAUCGACGAGCUGCUCGACAAGUUCGCCAGCUUCGGGGAGGUCAUCCUCAUCAGGUUCGUGGAGGAGAAGAUGUGGGUGACGUUCCGGGAGGGCUACUCGGCUCUGGCCGCUCUGUCGCUCAGCAGCGCCAUUAUACUGGGGAAGACCAUAGAUAUCCGGUUGAAGAGCGCGGGCUGGAUUAAGAGUCUGGAGGACGAGAUGAGCGUGGAGCGGAUCUGCACGGGAAUCCCCUCCUCCGCCAGCUCCACCCUGCUGUCCGAGGACGCCGACCUGGCCGCCGACUACGACAUGGAGGGUGAGGUGGAUGACUACAGUGCGGAGGUGGAGGAGAUCCUGCCUCAGCACCUCCAGCCCGGGGCGGGACAGGGGCCCGGCACCUCCCCCAUACCCUCCCCCAGGGGCAGCCCCUGCCCCUCCCCCACCCACGGGGAGCCUGGUCCCCCCACCCGGCCCAGCAGAGCCCCCCCUCGCACUGCUGGACCCCCGCAAGGUUCCCCUGUGGACCCCCAACCUGCCUCCUCUCAGAGCCUGGAGCCCAAACGCGCACCCCCGCCUCGACCCAACGCCCCCCCGGCCCGGCCUGCGCCCCCUCAGCGUCCACCCCCUCCCUCAGGCGGUAGAAGCCCCACGCCAGCUAGGAAAGACCUGGCAGGGCAAAAGAGCCCCGGACUGUCCCGGCCCGACUUCGCAGGUCGAGGGCAGCCCACAGCCGGUCCACCAGGAGGAGCUCAGAGGCCGAACAUCCCCCCCCGCGCGGGGGUCAUCAGCAUCCCCCCUCAGUCCCGCCCCCCUCCUCCCGGUCACCCAGGGGCCCCGCGGCCCGUCCCAGACGUCCACCCGGGGGCCCCGAGGCCCAUCGCUGAGACUCAUCCCGGAGCCCCGCGACCCACCACAGGACCACAGGCCAAGCCCGCGGACCUGCCUCUCGGCCCUGCGCAGCCACCACAGAUGGCCCCCCCUCUACAGCCGCAAAUGGCGUCUCCCAUCCAGCCGCAAAUGGCACCCCCGCUACAGCCCCAAAUGGCGUCUCCCAUCCAGCCGCAAAUGGCAACCCCUCUACAGCCCCAAAUGGCGUCUCCCAUCCAGCCGCAAAUGGCACCCCCGCUGCAGCCUCAGAUGGCGUCUCCCAUGCAGCCGCAGAUGGCCACGCCCCUCCAGCCGCAGAUGGCCACGCCCCUCCAGCCCCAGCCCGCGGCGGCAGCGCCCCUCCCUCAGCCCAAUCCGGGCCUGGCCUCCCCGAAGCCUCCGCCUCGCAGUCGCUCCUCCCACGCCCUGCCUGAGCCCGCCCCUUCCUCUCAGGUGAACGGUGUGAACGGAUUCCAAAGAGAAGCACAAGAGAUAGACGACCCCUUCGACCCCCUCAGUUCCGCCUCCUGGCUCACCACCCAAUCCCUGACCCGAAGCUGCUCCCUCCGCCACGCCCCCGCCCCGCCCCCUGCGGCCCUGUCCGCGCCACUCUCCCUAAACUCCGCCCCCAUGCCCGCCUUCCCCGGAGGCUCCGCCCGGCUCCUGCCCCCAGUGCCCUCGCGUAGCCAAUCGCAGGAGGCCCUGCGAGCCUCGCCCAACCUCUCCUUGUCCGACGGCCAAUCGUCGGGCGGCGCCAACCCGCUCGGCCCCGCCCAGCGCCGCCCGCUCACGCCCGACUUUCACCCCCAGCUUCACGCGCCCGCCCCCAAGCCCCGCCUCCAACGCGCCGCGUCGGACGUCCCGCACCCCGCCCCCAGGCUGGCCCCGCCCCCGGCGCCGGGGAAACGCGCCCCGCAGUGGGUGACGUUUGAGCAAGACUCCCCCGCCCCGCGGAGUUCUAACCCUGCCGCGCAAAAAAGCCCCUUCCUGCCAAUCACUGCCUCGAACUCCGCCCCCGCUCCCCCGCAGACCCUGUUCCCCGGCCCUGGGUUCGACGCGGACGGCUGGGGGGCCGCACCCACCUCCGCAUUCCCCGGAGUCCCCCCUCCUGUCCCCCUGAGGACUAACUCUGGCAACCCGCAGAUCCCCAUGAGACCAAGCAGCAGCUCUCUAGCCUCUAAGGAGUUCACCGAGAGAUAGAAUUAUUAAAUAAAAAGGUUUAAUGUAUCAUUUAUUGUAGAAAUAUGGAGAAGUAUAAUAAAUGUAUGUGUAUGUAUGGUACGUAUAAAACAGCAACAGUACAUAAUGCGCGUGUACCCUCACACGGAAUCACACGUAAGAAACGUAUUCUUGUUCGACCAGGCUAGAGGUGCACACGUUUACUCCGCUUGGUGUCAAAAGACUGGUAGUUCGGUACGUCCAUGUGGAAUCACGAUGUUUUGUUCUCGUUUGUUUUCUUGUAUCCGUGUUCUGAUAUCUGUUGGCUAUUUCUCUGGCAGGAGAUGUGUGCCUGUGGUCUGUACGUGCGCACAAAUGUAUGUUAAACUUGUGCAAUAUUUUAGCUGGUGUCGCUGGCCACGAGCUACCGGUCCCCAGAGCCACUCUGUAACUGAUAUUCUACACCGAUUCAGUGUCUGGAUUUUGAUGGCGUCACAUCACUAAUAUGCACAUUUAAACAGAAUGCACCCGGUAUGCCAUUAUGGGAAAUUAAGGGGAUAAUGACAUCAAUUGCAGGCUAAAGCAUGCAGGUCAGGUGACAGACCAUAGAAACUGGAAUAGUUUAUUUACGAUCUCAAGGACUGAGAUUUUUGCGACGGCGUUUCCCCUUUCCUGCGAGGCUGUGUAGCGGUUUGAUUGUGUUCUGUUCCAUUCCGUUCCGUAUCGGCGGCAGCAAGCAUUGGUUCAUUUUCCUUUUCUUCCCCCCCCCCCGACCCCCUUUCAGUUGUGAAUGUACAAAGCAUCAUUAGUAGUAUCUGGCUCCUUUUUCAGACCAUACUUGAAAUGUUGUGUGAUUUAUCAUGGUGUAUGCGUAUCAUACAGGGCAUUUUAGUGGGGUGGUGACCUCUGCGUACAGAUCAUCGCAUCCACUGUCAAAGAAAGAGGCUUCCAUUCCCUUUGCAUAUCUGACCCUCUUAUGGUUCAGGAGUAAUACUGGAAUUAUGUAUAGUAGAUUAUAUAUACAGUAUAUAAUGCAGUAUAUGCAUACAUAGUGUCUUAUGUAUAUUUUGACAGGAUGUGUGAAUUGGAAACAAGUUACUCUGCUGUGGACCUGAUGCAUGCUUGCUAUAUGUAUGCAUAUGUAUAGACAUACAUACACAUACACGUGCAUAUGCCACCACCUGUAUUUUAUCCAAAGCAGCCCUGUUUGCGAUGAAUGUGAUGUGCUUUUGUUGCAUUUUGACGGGAGCUUCGGAGACGGCGUGAGCAGAGAGUUUGAUUUAUUUUAUUUUUUUCGUGAGGGUGCUUUUUCCGUGCAGCUCAGUGCGCUGUAUUUGCUUUUGGAAUCUUCGUUGUAGUUUCUUUUCUUUUUUUAAGAAAGGUAUUCUAAAUUAAAUAUAUUUAUUAUACUGUAGUUGAGAGGUACCGUGCUGUGGUAAGAAUUUAAUGUUGACCACUAUGUUUUGUGUGUUGUUUGGGGAAUUCAAGUAGUUUUAGCAGUCUGUCCGAGCUGCUCUGUCUUGGGCUGAUGGCAGUUGUGCUUCGCGAUAGCCACAUCCAGAUUAGCAGUCUAACGGGCACCGCACACUUUUAUUAACAGGACAGAAACAGAGAGUCUGGAACACCCAACGUUGUAGAUAUUUUUGCUUCAGGAACCCCAGAUUAUGAUAAUAAUCUUAAUGUAAGAAAACAAACCGCAAAUAUCUUGUUACUCCAUGGAGGAGAGCCGGGAGAGUGGUUCUUAAUGCGGCCUUUCUGUUCUUAGCGGGUCAGCGCAUAUUUCAGUGUCGGGCUCUUGUUACUGUAGUGAUGUUGGGGAGCUAGGGUAUCGCUAUUACAGGUUCGCAUAGUACGCCGUUACGUCAGGUUUGCUGACGUGUGUUACGGGCUGGCGCAAACACUGCCGCAGUGUGCGUGAGAAGCUUUGCAAUGACCAAAUCGCUGUCGGUAGCGAUUUAUUUUGUACUUUUCUGAAUAUUGCGGUGCACUUCAUUCAUUUCUCAAAUGUUUCGUGGUUAAGUAAUCCUACCCAAGGGCAGAUUGUUCAGUGGUUCAUUUCCCAUUGCUUUCCCCCAAACAUUAAGUGUUUGGAGAAGUAUUGUACUGUACUGGCCUGUUAUUCUACUUCUCCACUCGUCCACUUGCAUUGGAAUUGAAAGGAAAGUGGUGAUUUAAACAAGUGUUCAUUAUGCCAUUCAUUUUAUGUGGAAUAUCAACGUGGUGAUGUCAGAAAAAACCGGUGACGUCAAGUAUUGUAAUUCUACUGUCCUUCCUGCUAGUCUCUAUCUAUCUCUCUCGGUAUUGAGUUUACAGUCCCCAAAAAUAGAAGCGUUUUAAAGCAACCAAUUGGGUGGUGUACUGCAAAGAAAAUGAAUAACGCUUAGGGGGUAAGUGUUGCAAUGGAAAGGACCAUUUAAGACUGGCACUGAAUUCUGCCAUCGUGUUUGCCACGAUAACACUGAAAGGCUUGGUAAUCCGAUAAUGUGAAUAUUGAUCACGGUAAAAUUAUUUUACCAAUGUUUCUCUCAUUUUCGUCCGAUAUUUUUCACUUUUAUUAAUAUUCUUGAUAUCAUUGCAGUCCGAAUCUUGAUUAAAAUACUAUUUACUCUAGACAUAUCUUUUCUUUUCCUGCUUUGGUUGUUGGUGAUGGCUAACCACUAUAGGCCUAAUACAUGCAGUUGAACUCCGUGCAGUAGAUCUCAAAAACAUUACAUUUAGAAGACGAGCGCUUACGAAUCUGUGGUGUUAUGUAUGAGACAGAAUUUUAUAGUAAACAAACCGACUCCUUUUGUGAGAUUUGUGUCCCUUUAUUAUUGUAAAACCAUAUAGAGACGCUAUUCUGUGUUGUUGACCAUGCUCUGUAUGUAUUUAACGAAUCAGAAAACUGAAAUUCAUGUUAUAGUAUUUAAGAUCCCAUGAUUGCGUGCACAGCUUCAGAAACGGCACAUUCAUGGUUGAAGCAAUUGGUGUUGUAUGUAUGCAAUAAUAAAUGUAAAUCAACCAGA